AUUCUCCUGACGAUGGAAAAGCUGGUUGUCUCCCUACUGGUUAUUAGCACAGCUGUGAAGGCCAUGAUGUGCCCCAAGAGGUGCAUGUGCCAGAACCUCUCUCCAUCCUUCACCAUCCUCUGCACCAAGACUGGGCUCCUCUUCGUGCCCCCCAGCAUUGACAGGAGAACAGCAGAGCUGAGGUUGAUGGACAACUUCAUCACCACCCUGAGGAGGAAGGACUUUGCCAACAUGACCAACCUCAUCCACUUGACACUCUCCAGAAACACCAUCAGUCAGAUCAUGCCUUAUGCCUUCUUUGAUCUCAAGGGCCUCCACGCUUUGCACUUGGACAGCAACAGGUUGACCUACAUCAACGAGGAUCAUUUCAAAGGUCUCAUUAAUCUCCGGCACUUAAUCCUCAGCAACAACCAACUAAGCUACAUCUCCCCUGGCUCCUUGGAUGACUUCAUUGAGACCAUCGAAGACCUGGAUCUGUCCUACAACAAUCUGGUCAACGUCCCUUGGGAGACAAUUGCCAAACUGUCCAACGUCAACACGGUCAGUUUGGAUCACAACCUGAUCGAGUUCGUGCCAGAGGGGAUCUUCUCCAACCUCCACAAACUGGCCCGACUGGACAUGACCUCCAACAAGCUGAAGAAGAUCCCUCCUGACCCCUUGUUUUCCAGGAUCCCCGUGUACGCCAAGUCCAAGGGAUCUCCCCUGACAUCCCUGGUGCUGAGCUUUGGUGGGAACCCCUUGCACUGCAACUGUGAGCUGGUCUGGUUGAGGCGUCUCACCAGGGAGGACGACCUGGAAACCUGCGCCUCUCCCCCCGAGCUGAUGGGCAAGUACUUCUGGUCCAUCAAAGAGGAGGAGUUUGUCUGUGAACCCCCCAUGAUCACCCACAGGACCCCCAAGCUGACGGCGACCGAAGGCCAAAGCAUCUCCUUGAAGUGCAAAGCUGUGGGUGACCCCGACCCCUACGUGCGCUGGAUCUCCCCCGAUGGGAAGUUGGUCUCCAACACCUCCAGGACGGUCUCCUUUGAGAACGGCACCUUGGACAUCCUGGUGACCUACCUGACAGACAAAGGCACCUUCACCUGCAUCGCCUCCAACGCAGCAGGAGAAUCCACAGCUCCCGUGGAGCUCCUGGUCAACCCCUUCCCCAACCUGGCCAACAGCACCCACUGCGAGAAGGACGCGGAGCCCGGAGCCUCCGACAUCCUCAUCUCGGCCAAAUCCAGCUUCCCCAACGAGACCAAGGCCCCUGAGGAGCAGGGGGUGGUGGUGGCCGAGCUGACGGCCUCCUCAGCCCUCAUCCAGUGGCCCCCCCAGCCCCAGCUCCCCGGGAUCCGCAGGUUCCAGCUCCAGUACAACAGCUCGGCCGACGACAUCCUGGUCUAUCGGAUGAUCCCAGCUGGUAGUAAAUCCUUCUUCUUGACUGAUCUGGUUGCAGGACGUGAGUACGACCUGUGCGUCCUGGCCGUGUACGACGACGGGGCGACCUCCCUGCCGGCCACGCGGGCGAUCGGCUGCGCGCGCUUCACCACCCGGCAGGAGCACAAGCACUGCCGCUCCCUCCACGCCCAGUUCCUCGGGGGCACCAUGAUCAUCAUCAUCGGGGGCAUCAUCGUGGCCUCGGUCCUCGUCUUCAUCUUCAUCCUCCUCAUGAAGUACAAGGUCUACAACAACCACCACAAGAACAAGGCCACCAAAGUCAGCAACGUCUGCUCGCAGACCAACGGCAGCCAGAGCGGCUCCAUGGCCAGAUCCACCUCCAAGCUCUCUGUGGGGCUGCACCAGGAAUGUCCAGGCUCUUCCAGCAGAGGCAAAACUGUCGUGGACUUGGAUGGUGACAAAGUGACUCCAACCAACACGACCUUCUUAACAACUGAGGUGGGAUCUUAA